CAAAUCUGUCCUUGAACAGCCCCCUACUAACUCGGCUGCUGGCAUCAGCCCUUAGACCGGCCUGACCUUCUGGCGACAGCCUAUAGACCCGCCACGACCUGUGUCGUUGCGUUCAACCGACAACACUGCGGUUCAUCAUCAGACUACCCACCUUUAGAGGGCUCCUCUUUGGCUUGUCGACGAAACAGAUAAUGGCAAGGAAGCUUCCAGAGUGCUGGGGUCAUCGUGGGGCAUCUGCUGCGUUCCCCGAGAACACACUUGCGAGCUUCGAAGGUGCAGCUAGGGAUGGUGCAGAGGGUAUCGAAAGUGACGUGCAUGUCUCACUGGACGGCGUUAUCAUGAUGUUCCAUGAUCCAGCGCUGGGGCGUACCACCGACGGUCAUGGUCUCAUCCGUGAGCAGAACUACCACGGCGAACAGGGGAUGGAGCAUGUACGGACGAAGAAGGAGCCCAAGCAGCCCAUUCCGACGUUCAAUCAGACGGUCGGGCUGCUCAUGAAGCCAGAUAACAAGCACCUCAAGUUCAACCUCGACGUGAAGGUGUACAACGAUCCCGUCCGGCUCUUCACCAUCAUGCAUGAGGUAAUUGCGUCCCAGCCCAACUGGGAAACAGACCUCGCACCGCGCAUAUUGCUUGGUCUGUGGCACCCGAAGUUCCUCAAUCCUGCCAAGGACCUCCUUCCCUACUGCCGGCGCGCGCAUAUUGGCAUGUCGCCAGACAUUGCGCGCAAAUACUUCUGGGAUCAAUGCGAUGGCUUCUCGAUGAACUUCGGUGCUCUGGUAACAGUGGAGGGGAAACAGUUCAUCAAGGACUGCAAAGCAGGAAACAAGGAAGUCAUGGUUUGGACGGUGAAUAAGAAGGAGGAGAUGAUGGAGUGUGUACGGUGGGAAGUGAACGCCAUCCUAACUGAUGUGACGAAGACAUGGCUCGAUCUGAGGAAAGAAUUGGCCGCUGACUACGACGGCACCUUGCAGAAAGAGUCAGGAUGGCUUUAUGCAUGGCUCAGUCCGCGCUACUACUCGCCGUUUCAAUGGUACCUGUGGCGCUUGGAGCAGCAGAUGCUGGAACGACAUGGCGGCCCGUUCGACAAGCCCGAGGUAACCACCGAGACUACACCUGCUGUCGCUGAGGCGUAGCCUGGCUUCCUUUCAUGCCCGACGUUGCACACUACUUUAUCAUCUUUCAUGUAUCCUAAGAUUUUGGAAUGUUAUUUGAUCAUA